AUGGCUGAAGAUACUUUAGUGUGGUCGUCCCAGCUACUCGUCGCAUCGCCAGGGCGGGCGCCUCGACUAACCGGUGACAAAAUCACUCUACCACAAUCUGCGCUUGAACAGCUGCUAGCUGCUGCUCCGCUUCAAGCUGUCCCCUCCGGGAAUCCUCGUGUACUUACUCCGUCAUUCGAUCCCUUCAACCACCAUACCUUCGCCGCCGAAUCACGCGCCCGUCAAGAGGUCGAGCAACGUCAGCAGCAACUACCCCACCCGUUGAUCUUCCGCAUUGUCAAUCCUCUCAAUGGUCGAUUCAUCUAUGCGGGCAUUCGGGAGUUCUCCGCCGAAGAGAAUGAAGUCGCGCUGAGUACGUUGCUCAGAGACUCACUCGAUAUCAAGGAUGAAGAGUUCUUGGGCGAAAAUGGCGAACCACAAGACCCGGCGGUCCAAGUAGAAAGGGAACCAUCACCACGGGCUGGCCCUGCGGUCACAGUGCAUGCGAAGCAACUACCCAAGGGCACCUAUGUUCGCCUCCGUCCGCUGGAAGCCGGAUACGAUCCUGAAGACUGGAAGGCUCUUUUGGAAAGAUACUUACGGGACAACUUUACGACCCUCACGACGGGCGAGCUUCUGACAGUGCCGGGUACGCGGAGCGAGUCAUUCAGGUUCUUGGUGGAUAAAGUGUUUCCCGAAGGCGAAGGAAUCUGCGUGGUGGAUACAGACCUUGAAGUUGACAUCGUUGCAUUGUCGGAGGAACAGGCCCGAGAAACGCUACAGAAGAGAUUGGAAAAGGCUUCACGCGCGCCGGGUACGGCUAGCGGCAGUUCGAUCGGUGGUAUCCUCAGCAUUGGAGAAAGUGUCACUGCCCAAGUAUUGCCUGGGGAAUACGUGGAUUAUGAACUUCGAAAUUGGAACCCCCAAGAUACUAUUCGGAUUGAGCUCACAACCGACAACCCAGAAAUGAGCCUUUUUGCCACAGUUCACGCCGAUCCUGCGGGCAGUGAAUCAUCUGAUACACAGCAGCAGUCACCAUCGCAAUACCACCUGCGGAUCACAGUGAAUCCGUUUGAUCCGUCAGUCAGGCAUAAUGAGACGGAAGAAUCCCACGAGCCUGGCGAUGUGCAGUGCAAGAACUGCCAGCAAUGGGUUCCUGAACGGACAUUAGUUCUGCACGAGAACUUCUGUCUUCGCAAUAAUGUAUUAUGUCCGCAGUGUCAGAAUGUCUUCCAAAAGCGGUCUCCAGAAUGGCAAUGUCACUGGCACUGCCCACACGACUCCGGCCAUGGCAAUGAUGCACCAAGCAAAGAAAAACAUGAUGCUAUCUUCCACCAAACACACAAAUGCACCGACUGUGCGGGAGAGUUCGAAGGGCUUCCUAGUCUUGCGCAACAUCGCACUACAGAUUGUCCUGGGAAGUUGAUUCUCUGUCAAUUCUGCCAUCUGCUCGUGCCACAGAAAGGCGACUCUGACCCUGACUUCCGUGACCCCGAGGUGAUGCUCUCCGGCCUCACUCCACACGAGCUGGUGGACGGAGGACGCACCACGGAAUGCCAUCUGUGUAAUAAGAUUAUCCGAUUACGAGACAUGAACACCCAUCUUCGUCACCAUGACCUGGAGCGCCUUUCUCGACCGACACCGCGCAUCUGUAUGAACAGGAAUUGCGGCAGGACAUUGAACAAAACCGGCAAUGAGUCUGUUGGCCUGUGCAGCUUCUGUUUCGGACCGCUGUAUGUGGACACGCACGACCCAGAGGGAAAAGCACUCCGUCGUCGCAUUGAACGCCGAUACCUGUCCCAGAUGAUGACCGGGUGUGGAAAGCCUUGGUGUCAGAAUGAGUAUUGCAAAACGGCAAAGCAGAAAAUGGCAUCUGACUCUGGUCCUCCAGUCACGAUGAGUGUGGUGGAAAUCAUGAAGUUAACACGCCCACUUGUCGAAGCUCUUAAUAUGCAACCGGAUGUGUCCAACACGGCGCCUUUAUAUCUCUGUGCUGAUGAAACAAGUCAACACCGUCGCAAUAUCGCGGAGUUGAUUGCAGCAGAGAGCACUGAAGGUAAUAGCAAAGUGUAUGAUCUACCAUGGUGUAUUGCAGCAGCCGAAGCCGCGGGUGGCGACUUGGAGAAGGCGAGAGAGUGGCUGUCUAAAUGGGCACCAACUCAGGACGCAACGAGUACAUGA